GAGACACGUCGCGGUCGACAGUUCCAUUCGAUUGGACCUACCCUGGAACCGAAAGGGGCCGUGUAUCGAUGCAGGACUCGGUUCUCCUUACGACUUUCUUUUGGCACACAAUUUUUUUUCUCCCCCGUCUAUGUAAAAAUUCCGAGAGGACAUGCCUUAACACCUGAACUCUUAACAUUGUAUUCUCCUUAAUUGCUCACAUUCUGGUGAUAAGAGACUGACCCGAAGUUUGAUGGUUGUUCUUCUCAUCAAGAACAACCCCACGCAACAUUAACACGCGGAAUUCUCUUUCUAAACUGGAGGUUAACGUCAAUCAUUGGCUACAAUGGCCAAUUCUAGGAGAAGGAGUAAACGAAGGUCAGUAACUUCGGAUAUCGUGGCCUCUGAUAGUCGAGGGUCGCCGUCCAUAUAUGGUAACCAGCUUGCCUCUCCUCCAUCGUCAUCAGGUCUAUUUGUACCAUCAAGUCCUUUGGUGGAACAAAACCAGAAUCAUGACCAUCCCACAGACUACCCGGACAAUGUAGAAGAUGGUCUCAAUGGUUCCUCAGAACCAGUAAUAGUGGUUCCAGAAAUGGUCGCCACACCAUCGCCGAAUACGGAAAUAACAUCUCUCUCUCGCUCACCUCGAACCCAGCCUAUACACCAAGAAGUGCUCGAGCCCGGCGCAUCCAUCAGUUCUAGUUGUCUGUCACGCUGCGAGAAGGUCAAGCUUCUUCAGAUCACUUGUAGGCACGGGCCCAGGCUCUUACAUUGCCCAACUUCGGGGAAGCAUGCUGAAGAAGAAAUGUGGACAUCGAUUAUGGAAGAAUUCUCUACCAAAGUCCGAGCUGGUUUCUUCUCGAACUAUGCCCAAGUGAAGAGAAUGAAUAAUAAAAUAUGCCGUAGUCGGCGACGGAAACACAUGAAAGAAACUACCCCAUCGGAAAUACGGUCGGACGACCUUGCUACGUGGAUUGAUCGAUGGGUGCGAGUUUGGAAAUAUCGGGACCUAGAUGUCAAUAUUGCCAAAGCCAUUCAAUCCAUCCGCGAAACAAUGGGCGAGAAACGUCUUAAGCGGAUUUUCCGUGAUAGAAUAGAUGGGGAUGAGUUGCCCGAGCAGCUUAGAGAACUUAUAUUUUCAGCUCCCCUAUUGAAAAAGAUUCGGAAGGGAACCUAUGCUAUAGAGCGAUCCGCGAGGAGUCGUCGUUGGUCUCUGUUCCCCAGCGGAGUAGAAUCAGAUUACACGGACGAAGAUGAUAUGGAAGAUGAUGCAGGUGAAGAAGUAAUAGAGGAGGAGCCGCCACUACCAUCGAUCGAAGAGGACCACCGGAGUGGCCCAUAUUUCGUUGUGUUGGAGGAUUCGGAAGUGAUCCCUAAUCAGCGGGUUGAGAGGGAAUCGGAGGUCAUAAAUACACGACCAGAAACCCUGGAAAGGCUUAAUCGGCUUGGAGAAACCUUCGCCGCUGGACUCAAGAAAGCAGGGGGGGCGAUGGCGGGUAAACAAGUUUCAGUUCUUGAGUUGGCACAGAGACAUGAAGAAGAAUGUCCACCCUCACCGGCAAGCGCCCCAAGUCCACCAAGAGUUGUUUCGGACAUUAUCACGCAACCUCAAUCGGUGGCAGUCGACCCGGAGGACGUUACCAUACCAUUCGCAGCUUCGCCCUCCGGGCAUGUAGGGGGAUUCGAAGUUGACCCCUUAACCUCCUGUCGUGCCGGUCCAUCGGGCCUCGGACAGGCACCACAUCAUGAAACUGGAGUCCGGCGUGGCACUGGCACCAAUGCUGGCCGAACACAGCCUCUCGAACCUGGUACAUAUCGUGCUCACCAGAGCAUUAUAUUAGGCUGGCAUGCUCGCCAGAUAGUGAAAGCAGGGGCGAAUAACACUGCUGAGCGAGACCAUCGGCAAAGCGUAUCGGCUACCUUCACCAGGAGCGGCCACAUGAACCUCCGGCUUCGUCGUAGCAACAUGCAGGGGAAUACGGUACCGAAAGGAUCCCGUCUUACCGGGAUAAUAUCUGUUUCUCUUAAGGAUGUUAUGCCCCACCCUCUAUACUACGGUAUGUCUAAUGAUGAAAUGCGUAUGGAGGCGGGUCGCCAAAGCCUUAACGCUGUCAAACAGCGCAUCACCUAUCCCUGGGUACCGACAACGGCGACCGAAGGUAGGGGUUUAACUGAUGAUGAGCUACGGCCUGCACUAGAGGUGGUUGAUAGGCCAUAUAACGGCGAGCGAGAGGAGAACAGUACCCAGGAGUCAGAACAUCACGAGACUGUAGCUUUAGUAUCUCAGAGCCAUAGGCCCACCAGCCAAAGCGAAGUCCAAAACACCGAAGCGAAUUCGCAAUCUUCAUCGCAAGGUACGGAGGGUUUGCGCGAGCCUGGCCAAAGACAGUCUCUCGUAGCCUGCUCUCAGAAAACUGUAGAUAAUCAGUCGAAUCGACCGGUACGAGAAUCUCGGGAGGCCUCGAAUAGGGAUGAUCCACCUGCUGUGUCGAAGAAAUCCCUCGCGAACAAGAAAACACGUCGAAAUUCCACAAUGGCAGGGAGGAUUCCGUCUCGGAGCUCAGCCUCGGGGGAACCUAACCCUAAAACUAAGAGAUAUUUGAACAAGAAUAGGAUCACUCCCUCGAGGUUUUAUGGGAGUCAAACCUCGGAGGAUAUUGUUGAGGAUAGUAAUAACUUAGCUCAGCAGUCUAUUACUUCGCCUCAAGUCAUUUCUGGAUCGACGCAUCAAACCGCCAGCUCCUCGCAAGCUAAGGGAAAAUCACCGAUACUACCCACGUCGAUGACUAUCACUUCAUUCAGCGACGAUUCUGACUGUGAAAGUUUACCUACGCCCAAGGAGCUGGUGAAAAGAUGGAUGGUCAAACCUAAACAUCGUGACGAUGUAUCUACUCCGCGACGGGACCAGAGAGAGCGCCAAGGACCUGAAGAUACUAGCAACAACAUUGGGCACGCGGAAACCAGCACAAAUACGUCUCAAGAAUCGACUCAUACUUCGUCGCGAACAGAUGCGCACAAAAACAAACCAGAGGAUACUAUUACUCCAUCAAGAGAGACGAGUAUCGGAGUCCGACAGCCCGAAGAUGGGUCGGGGGAUCGGGCAGUUAGCAUCCCUACCUCGAUUCGCUCACGAUCGAAGAAGCGUCGAUCUACGAUGGUAUCACCAUCAAACCCAUCGGGCGCCAAGUUGGCUGAACCAUCUAAAUUGCUAGAGCUUCCAGAACCAAGCCCUCCGGCCAGGGAUGCACAACGUCCGCGAACGAGAAUGCAGCUGCCCAUUCGUGAACCUGUAGCGAGGUUUAAGUCGAUACUUAGGCCAGGUAGGUUCACAGAUAGAAAUAGUCCCAAGCUCGACAUGCGUUCUUCUAGCAAGAGUAUUUCUCGCAACGAACCUGGACACUCCAGGAGCAGCCCCGGGUAUCAAGGCACGAAGCCUCGGGUGCAGGAUCAGUAUCCAAUGCCUAACGAACGGCCACCAGUGGGAAAUUGGGGCUGUAGGGCAGCGAAUGGGGAAAGGUGGAUGGGGAGGAAAAGUACGCCUCGUCGCCAUUCUCCAUAUGAGCUACCAGGACCUGACAUACCGAGACGUGGGUCUUCGAGAGCCUUCAGGAGAAGUGGCGGCCAACCAGCAUCGGCUGAAUAUAGGGAUAUGUCUGUUUCGUCGCUAUCUCCUGCGGCAUUCUCAAAGCAAUGGGGGAAUAGUAGGGGUAGACGACGACGUCAACAGAACAAGAAAACCAACGACAACAAUAGGUUUCUAGGAAGAAGCUAUAACGAACAUAGUGGAUCGUGGAAAUCUCAGCCUAGGGAGGAAGUUGGGACAUCUUACGGCAUGAACGCGUCCUGGUAAGGGAGAGAGGGUCGGCUGGGGGAUUGCUCAUAAUCGCAGUUAACAUGACUUGAAGGCAAUAAUUCAGACGGUGGGCUUGGCCUACGUAUUCUGGAAUUUGUCCUAAUGGCCACUGUGUUACGAGAAUCCCUAUAGUGUAUGUACCUAGUGUUUCUGGUAUAUAAGCGUAUAAAACCAACGUCGCACGGUCCGCUGGAGUAUGCUGCAGUGCCAUCUUAACACUGCGCGGGUAUGUAUACGAAUGUAUAUCGGGUAAGGAGCACGAAAACGGCUUUGUUCCUGUUCGGACAGCUAUCCGAC